UUCCCACAGCAACUCCCGGACACCUGGGUCCUGCCUGCGUCCUUGGAGCAGAGGGAGGAGACGCCUGGAGAAAUCCAGAGAUCGCCCCCCCCCCGCACAGAUUGAGGGGUCUCUGGCCAUGGUUCUCCAGGAGAAUGAGCCCCUGGCAGGGCUGAGCCAGACCUCGCGAUGCCCUGUCUUGGCCCCCGCAGGGCAGGACAGGUGGAGGGGGCCGUUUGCAGCCCAGGGCCCCGGGGCAGCCCAGGUCCAGCUGGUGGGCAAGGCCGACUGUCCCUCCUCCAGCUCCGGGGGAGCCACGAGCGACAGCCCUGAGGAGGACGAGGCCAGCAGCACGGAGAGUGCCCAGAAUGGGGACGAGAGCCCCCAGGCGGGUGCAGAGGGGUCCCGGCUGCGGGGAGAGCAGGACGAGGCGCUGGGCCGGGUAGCGGAGUUGGAGAGUCGCAUCAAGGAGCUGCAGCACCAGCAGAAGGAGAUGAACAUUGAGAUGAAGCUGGAGGGGGCGUUGCUGGAGGGGGAGCUGGCGGCCGAGUGGCGGGAGGUUCAACGCGAGGAACAGCUGGUCCUGCAGCUACAGAGGAGGUUCGCAGAGACGGUGCACCGGUGCCACACCGAGAGAGAGAAGGAGAACGCUCGGCUGGGGAAGGAGCGGCGCAAGGUGGAGGAGCUCCAGAGGCAACAUGCUGAGUCCCAGACCCACCUGGAGACCCAGCCCGAGAGCAUGCGGGAGCGGAUGCAGAGCCAGCUGCAGCAG